AUGCAGGUGCAGGCCCUGGUGGUAGGGGGUCCUGGUCAGCUGAAGGACCAGUUGGUGGAGCGUCUCCCCCAGCUCUUGAGGGGUUCUGUAAGACAUGUAGAAAACACCUCAUACUCCGGCCGUCAAGGGCUGAGGGAGGCCAUCAAUGCCACACGGGACCUCCGCCAGCACAUGCUUUUGGAAAAGUCUAACACUGUCCUCAGUUCCAUAUUUGAAAAACUCAGGGUCGAUGAACCGGACAUGGUCUGCUUUGGUAAUGAAGUUCAAGCGGCCAUGGAGGAUGGUGCCGUCCAAGCUGUAGUGCUAUGGGACGAGUCCCCUGAAGUCGCCUGGUUCGCAGAAAACUGUCCCGAGGAGACAGAAUUACUUGUGAUACCCAACACAACUAAUAAUACGAACAUGCUGGUAAGCACGUUUGGGGGGACAGCGGCCUUAAAUAAAUACCCAAGAGCUCUCCCAAACGAAGAGGAGGCCGAGUGA